AUGCCCAACAGCAGCUCCAUCAGCGAGUUCCUCCUGCUGGCAUUCGCAGACACACGGGAGCUGCAGCUCCUGCACUUCGCGCUCUUCCUGGGCAUCUACCUGGCUGCCCUCCUGGGCAACGGCCUCAUCCUCACCGCCGUAGCCUGUGACCACCGCCUCCACACCCCCAUGUACUUCUUCCUCUUCAACCUCGCCCUCCUCGACAUGGGCUGCAUCUCCACCACUCUCCCCAAAGCCAUGGCCAAUUCCCUCUGGGACACCAGGGCUAUUUCCUACUCGGGAUGUGUUGCCCAGGUCUUUCUUCUCCUACUCUUCCUUGCAGCAGAGUAUUCUCUUCUCACUGUCAUGGCCUAUGACCGCUAUGUAGCCAUCUGCAAGCCCCUGCACUACGGGAGCCUCGUGGGCAGCAGAGCUUGUGCCCAGAUGGCAGCAGCUGCCUGGGGCAGUGGGGUUCUCAAUGCUCUGCUGCACACUACCAAUACAUUUUCACUGCCCCUAUGUAGAGGAAAUACCCUGGACCAGUUCUUCUGUGAAAUUCCCCAGAUCCUCAAGCUCUCUUGCUCUGACUCCUACUUAAGGGAAAUCGGGCUCCUCGCAUUUAGUGUUUUUGUUUUUUUGGUGUGUUUUAUACUAAUCAUGCUGUCCUAUGUGCAGAUCUUCAGGGUCGUGCUGAGGAUGCCCUCUAAGCAUGGCCAGCACAAAGCCUUUUCCAUGUGCCUCCCUCACCUGGCCGUGGUGUCUCUGGUUAUUAGCACGGGCAUGUUUGCCUACCUGAAGCCCCCCUCCACCACUCUCUCAUCCCUGGAUCUUGUGGUAGCAGUUCUGUAUUCUGUGGUGCCCCCAGCAGUGAACCCCCUUAUCUACAGCAUGAGGAACCAGGAGCUCAAGGGUGCUCUUAGGAAAGUGAUUUCAAGGAUAUUUCUGAAUAGUGAUAAAUUUCCCUUCAUUCUCCACAAAUGA